AUGGGUGCACUCCAGAAAGCUACUGGUCUUGUGCUAUUUUUGUCACAGUUUGCGUCUGUCCAGUGUAUGAAGCUGGACAGCAAGGAUGGUAUCUUAGAUGCGUCCAAGGGUCUUGCUGGGGAUCUCAUCAGUUUCUACAAGGGCAAUGAAACUGGUCAGACUCCUGGUCUUCUGCCCGAAAAAAGAAUGGGAACAGAUGGGUAUUAUUGGUAUCAGUCGGGUGCUUUCAUGGGUUCCUUUGUGGACUAUUGGCAAUUGACAGGCGACAAAACCUACAACAAACUCGUUACGGAGGGCAUACAAUGGCAGGUUGGCAAGGGAAAGGACUUCAUGCCAGCCAACAACACAGCAAGCAUGGGUAACGAUGACCAGUCCAUUUGGGCAUUUGCUGCCCUCACAGCCGCCGAGUAUGGCUAUCCCGAACCCUCCGAGGGUCAACCUCAGUGGCUUGACCUUGCCAUUGCGGUCUGGGAAGAGCAACGCGCAAGAUGGGACACAGAAGUUGAGCAGAAGAACUGCAAUGGCGGGCUUCGAUGGCAAAUCAUGAUGACCAAUGCUGGCUUCGAUUACAAGUCGACACUUGCCAAUGUUCUCUUCUUCAAUCUUGGUGCUCGUCUCGCCAGGCUCACAUCCAACGACACUUACGCCGACUAUGCCUCAAAGACCUGGGACUGGCUCGAGACCAGUGAGCUCAUCGACAAGGAGACCUGGGCAGUCUAUGAUGGUGCUCAAGCUACAAAGGCUACCAAGAACUGCUCAAACAUCAACCAGAUCCAGUGGUCUGCCAAUUCGGCAGGGCUGACCAUGGGUGCUGCAUUUAUGUACAACUUUACCGAAGGAUCAGACGAGUGGAGGAAACGCACCGAGAACCUCGCAUCAGCAACCUUGAAGACAUUCUUCAAAAAGAAUGGAGACUUCAACGAGGUCGCGUGUGAGAAUAGCAAAGGAAAAUGCCCUCGCGACAUAGUCAUGUACAAGGGCUUCACGCACCGAUGGCUUGCAGUGGCCACCCAGGUCGCUCCCUUCACAGCCAAUUCCAUACUCCCUGUCCUUCGAAAGUCGGCAGAGGGCCUGAAGGCAGAGGGAAACGGCGGCGAUGCCAUGGAACAGACGUUCUCCAACUUUGUCGUUGUUUCCAACCUGUUGAUCGAUGAUUCUUCUGCUCCUGGUCAUCAGAAUGAGACCAGCAAGACAGAGGAAUCCCCCUCUUCGACCUCUAGCCCUGCUUCCAAGUCAUCGUCUGCUGAGGCUGAGGGUAACUCUGCCGUGAAGCUUGCGGGCUCAGGCAGCUUCCUAGCUUUCUCCGUUCUCAUGAUGGCCUCCCAAUGGAUCCUAUAG